CGAGCGCAUGCUUCUGCGUGAAAAUACUAAAAUAGCGCAUGCAGAACGAAUAGCGGAUGAUGGAGUAAAGCGGAGACUUUCACAGUUCGAUAAAAUGCGUACGAAAGACGCACGGAUGCAUUUCGACAUUCACUUUGCGAUUUUGUUCCGCUACAGCGCGAAAUACCGACAAUGCUGUCCUCAUUUCUCGUUAAACUCAUUCGCAUUUCGCCCAGAUAACUCGCACAAAUCAAAUGAAAAAUCCGUGAGGAAAUUUCUCUCACGUCUCUUCUUGUGCUAAAUAUCGAAUUGUUAUCGCACAGUGUUCGUGUAGAGUUUGUGUAUUGAAGGAUAUAAUUCGUACAUUUAAAAUAAAAUUGGAUAAGAUUGUUUCGGGGAUAGGUAGUAGAAUGAAUUGAGAAAAAAUUGUAAUAAGUUCUAGUCUUCAAGGAGAAAUGUGAAUGUGUAAAUAUGUCUUUAAAGAAAGAAUCUUUAUCAGACGUUCAAUUGCAUUUGGCGGCGCUGCACGGCGACGCUCUGUUAUUAAGAAAAAUUUUAGACAGCGGGAAAGUCCAUGUAGACUCCAAAGAUAAGGAUGGCACUACGCCGUUGAUUUUAGCCUCGGCCAACGGGCACUACGAGUGCGUGAAGGAGCUGAUAGAGCAAGGAGCCGAUCCGAAAUCGAAGAGAAUAACCGGCACCACGCCACUGUUUUUCGCCGCUCAAGGCGGAUUUCUGGACGUCGUUCGGCUUCUUUUGGACAAAGGAGCACCGGUUGAUUCACUCAGUAUAGACGGGGGAAGUCCCCUGUUUGUAGCCUGCCAAUGCGGGCACAUAGACGUAGUCAAGGAACUGAUCGAGAGGGGCGCCCAAGUGAACACUCACAUGAAGGACAGGGCCAGUCCGCUGUUCAUAGCGGCCCAAAACGGCCACUACAAGAUACUGGGGUACCUGUUGGAGCGCGGGGCCCAGAUCGACUGUCGCCGCACCGACGGGGCCACGGCCCUCUGGAUAGCCGCCCAAAUGGGGCACGCCGGCAUCGUCGAGCGAUUGCUCAGCGCCGGCGCCGACGUGGACGCCGCUCGGCACGACGGGGCCACUCCGCUGUUUAAGGCGUCCCACAAAGGGCACUCGAGCGUCGUGGCGGAGCUGCUCAAGCGCAAGCCUUCGUUGGGGAUUUUAUCGAAUGGGGAAACGGCGCUGCACGCCGCGGCGUUUUCUGGAAGCCUUCCUGUGUGCAAGCAGUUGAUUGGCGCGGGGGCGAAUCCGCGCCUGAAGAACCAGGAGGGCCGGACGCCACUGGACAUCGCCGCGAAGCACAAACGGGGCGCCGUGCGUGAUUAUCUGAAGUCCUGCGAGGGCAGAGGCCGCGGAGAUGAGUGAUUGGAAUUUGCGUUUUUUAAGAAACGAAUCGCCUUCGGAGCGAAAGAUUUAGGGAAUUAUAUUAUGUUUUUGAGAGUUUAUUUACUUUUGCUGUAAAACGCUGGAUUUGUUGUUAUUUAGCCAAUAAAAGUAUUUUUACAAA